UAUUCGCUUUGAUUGUCUAUUUAUAACUGAUCAUCACGGUUUAGUAAUUAUUCAAAACAAGGAGAUAUGUAUAAGAAUAUACUGUAAAAUUUGCAAUGUAUUCAGAGCAAAAAAAUAAAAUGCUUGUAGCAGCAAUAGAUAUUGGAACAACAUUUUCCGCUUGUGCAUAUUCCUUACAAAUUGAUUUUGAAACGGAUUCAAUGCACAUUCAUACCAAUACAUGGACAAGUAUUUCAAGAGCUUUGAUGUCGAUCAAGGUACCGACUGCUGUUCUGCUGGACAAAUCCCAAAAGUUCCUGGCAUUUGGAUACGAUGCUGAAGAACAGUACUCGGAGCUUGUUUUAGACGAGGAACAUCAUGAUUAUUAUUACUUUUGUGGGUUUAAGAUGUUGCGACACGAACUAAAGCACACAGUACAGACGAUGAUCAAAGAUGAUAAUGGUAUAGAAAUGCCAGCUCUAGAAAUCUUUUCCUUGGUUAUCAAAAAUCUAAAGGGUCAUUUGUUAGAAUCUUUUAAAUCAGUUGAAACUGGGAUAGUCAAUGACGACAUUCAUUGGGUUUUAACAGUACCAGCUAUUUGGACAGAGUCUGGUAAACAGUUUAUGAGAGAAGCUGCAAACAAGGCUGGUAUUAGUGGUGAACAUCUGAGUUUAUGUUUGAAACCAGAUGCAGCAACCUUACUCUGUCAGCAUUUACUAACUGACAAAAUUCAGGAUGAGGAUGUUGUAGGAAAUGCAUGUACAUCAUCUGAAAAAGGCGCCACAUUCAUGGUACUUGACUUGGGGGAUGAAACAGCUGAGAUAACAUGCCAUCAGAAGGACGCAGAUGGUACCCUUCUACAACUACAGACACCGAGUGGUGGUCCAUGGGUUGGUCCAAGUGUAGAUAGAGCUUUCAAUCAGCUUCUUAUUAAGAUAGUUGGGGCACCUCAUUUAAGAAAAUUUCAAAAGGAAAACAAGUUUAAAGCUGAAGAAUUGUUAAUAGAUUUUAAAAUGAAGAGUACGAAAAUUACAAAUGAAAGCAUUGAAAGGGUCACGUUAAGACUCCCCGUUUCACUACUUGAGUCAUUUGAAAAAGACACGGAAGAGAAAAUUCAAGAUGUAUUAAAACAGACGGCAUAUGAAGACAAAAUGACUUGGUGCGGAGACAAGUUAAGAAUGGAAGCCAAUUUUUUCCGUGCAUUGUUCAAUGAAGCUAAGUCUAAUUUGAUAGAGCACGUGAAGUCCUUAUUGACUAAAAGUCAUUUAAAAGAUGUUAGCACACUAUUAAUGGUCGGAAGUUUUUCAGAGUCUCUCAUAAUGCAGUCGGCUGUGAAAGAUGCAUAUCCAGGUAUGACAGUCUUCGUUCCACCUGAACCUGGCAUAGCUGUGUUGAAAGGUGCCGUUAUAUAUGGGCAUCGGAUAAUAGCUCGAUUACCGAAAAAAGAAAUCAAUUAAUAAUCGAUCACUAGAAAGAUUGUUGUGUAACCAAUAACAAAUCGAUUACUCCGAAUUUAUUUUGUAUGUAAUUGAUAAGAGUCGAUAAUUUUAUACAAAUCAUUACUUUUUCGAUUUUGCGAUUACUGUCAAUUGCAUGCUACAAUAUACAACAAAAUAAAAAGGAAAUUAAACACAAGUAUGCUGAUCAACGUAUUAAAAGUGGAAAUCUAAAACUCAACAAAAACAUCAAAAGCUUUUUCUAUAAAUGUUAUGUUGACAGUUGUUUCUAGAUACAAACUCUUAAAACGCACCGAACCAUUUUAAAAUUUCACCAAGAUAGAGUGGUGAUAGAGUGCAUGCAAUGACAUGCACUAUUGCAUCAACCACUUACUUUAUUUGAAGCCAUUUGCUCUAUUUUUUUUAACAUUUUUGCUGACAUACUUCUAUACGUUUUAUGGUUCAUUUAUACUCAUUAUUGACAGUUAUAUUUAAAUAUAGUUCAUUACAAUGUUUUCUCUGAACAAAAUAUAUAUAAAGGGUAAAAUUAUUUGUUCAGCUAAUUUUAUAGAUAGAAAUAGCUAGUUUCUAAUGUCGUGCAUGGAGUCAUUUUUUUUGUUUUGAUAAUCUCCUUAAUUUUAUGUUAUACAAAUAACAAUUUGCCAAUGGAUUGAGAUGUACAAAUACAGGCGUUUAAUGUAAAACCCCACACAUGAGGCAUAAAUGAAAUCAUGUAAUAAUAUCAUUGAUUAAAUGUUUUAGAUCAUAUAAUCCCUACAGACAAGAAGGCAGUUGUAAAUUCUGUAUUCUCUUUUUAUAUUGAUAUUAAUGUUUCUAGUGUCAAGAUGUAAAACAUAUAUAAAUCUAUUACUUAACACCAA